GGAAAAAGGAAGCUCUCGGAUAAGUUUAUGUAUGUAUUCCUUCAAAGAUACACAAACUUCAACCAGCCGAAGGUAUGAAUUGAGGCCUUGUGGGGAUCGGCGUGAUGAAGACAGAGAUCUGAAGAGCAGACGGGAACCAGUUUGUCUGCAGUUGUGCACAACUGAUGACAUCAAACAUUAACUCUUUGUAAGGCUUUGGGCCUCGAGUGUCUACAGAGAGACCCUGGACACAAGAGACAAUGUCCUCUGACCUGGACUCGAGUCUCACUAGCAUUGACUGGCUGCCUCAGCUGGGAGUCAGCAGCCUGCGUUCGGGGAAAGAGAGAGGAAGCGGAGGAGGAGGAGAGAGGGACAAGAAGAAAGACAGAGGGAGGGAGAGGGGGGAUUUCCUCCCCUCUGUGCAGGACCCUUCCCCUUCUAACUGUAAAGGGAAACCCCCUCACAGCUACGCUACUCUCAUCGCCAUGGCAAUCGCAGCUGCCCCUGAGAGGAAGCUGAGUUUGAAUGACAUCUACACCUGGAUCAGUGACACAUUCCCUCACUACAGCCGAGCAGGCCGUGGAUGGAAGAACUCCAUCCGCCACAAUCUGUCUCUGAAUAAAUGCUUCAGGAAAGUUCCUCGGCCACAGAACGACCCUGGAAAGGGUUCCUAUUGGACGAUGGACGGACCUGGGGAGGAGAAUCAAAUGAGGGCACCUAAGCGUCCGUAUCCAGAGGAGGAAGAGGAGCAGCAGGAUGUUCCUGAAGUACGAGGGACACAAAUGGACAGAGGUCCCUCCCCACAUCAUCAUCGACCGGCCUCCCUCUCCAACCACCAGCUUCUCAACAUGGAGCCACUGGGAGCCAUGGAGCAGCAGUCCCCCCGGUCGGCCUCCCUCUCUCCUCCCCCACGCAAGCAACCGUCACCUUACAUGCCCAGCCCGGUCUCUAGUCCCCCUGUAGCUAGUCCACCUGCGGCCCCCAUGUCCUCCAUGACUUCUUUUCCACCUCCCUAUCCACCUGACCCCAUCGCCUGUGCUCCACCUCCAUCUGCUUCCAACAUGUCUUCAUCUUCUCCAGCUGCUCCCUCCUUCUCUGUGGCUGCUCUGUCCUAUCCUGCUAAUCCAGGACCUGUUUCCACCUUCUCCUACGCUCCUCACGUGGCCCCUGGGCCUGUUUGCACCGUGUCUGCUCCUUCUCCCUCUUCAGCCUCUGCUGUCCCUUCGUCUGCUGUUGUCUCGUUCAACUCCUCCGCUGACUUCCCGAUGCGUUUCACCUUUGACGAGCUGAAUUUACCAGACCUGUACGCAUCCUUCAAGUCUCUGGUCCGGACCAUGCGUGAGAGGGGGGGCUCUCAGUCGGAUGUUGCUCCCCUGACUUUCCCAAACAAUGACACUACCCCCCUCCACACUCCAACUCUGCUGCCAAUGUCUCCAUACCCUGCAGCCCCCCCACCAGCUCCUCCAGCUGCUCCAGCUGUUCCAGCUGUUCCACUAGCACACCCUCCGUCACAAUACAUUACCCUCCUGUCUUCCGCCUCAGCGGUGCCUCCUGAUUGGUUCAGCAGCCCAGAUUCUCUGAAGGAGAGCUUCCGCAUCGCCACCAAUCUGGACUGGGCGAACAUCGACCUGUCGGGUCACCCAGACCUGCUGGAGAGCAUGCGGCAGGCGGAGCUGUGCGACUGGGCCCUGGACCCGACGCUCUUCACCUCCCUCUGUGACUCUCUGAACCGCUUCUUCACUCAGAAAGGCAUGAUCACCUCUGGGAAUAACUCCCCUCUAGCCCUCGGUGCACCUCACCCAUUACAAGCCUCACCCUUCACCACCAAUCCGCCUCCAACCCUCGCCAGCCUCACCCACCCAUCACCCCUCCCGUACGCUCACACAGUUCCCACUGCCAUGGGAGGUCAGCUGCCCAGGAGGCCUCUGCACAUGGGACCCGGGCUCCAGAGGCCACAGCUGACGCAGCCUGCAAACACAACUGCCGGGAUGCAGCCUCACUCUGCGUCUCCCCGGCAGCGUCCUCCAUUAAAGAAUCUACACAGCAACAGUGAGGAGAUCCAGGAUGACUUUGACUGGGAUUCUCUGCUCGGUUGAGCAUCAGUCAGUGAGCGCAGGAACGAGUCGAACACAACAACUCUCCAAAGAGACGUGACUCUUUAAAGUCGCGGUCACUAAACGCUGAGCAGAGGCUGCCUCCCUGGUUUUGCAUCUCAAAGCUUCUCUGAGAGCAAGUUUGGGAUCAUAAUGAGUCACAUAAGACUGAAUGCUGUAUUUCAAGGUUAAGAUUAUUGUUAUUAAGUUUUCUCACCUGUAUUCCAAUUCAUAUGCUGUAAUAAGUUCUGCUUGGCUUAUCUCCUGCAGGUAAUUAUCAGGGUGCUCUUUCCUAACGGACUGUACUUUUAUAAACAUGUUCACCAAAGAAAAUAAAGUGUAAACGUAUA